AUGGUCACCAACCAGCCUGCAUCUCUUUUGGCAAAGAGUUGCAGGAAAGCGCCGCAGUUUAUGAUGGAAUUAUACGAUGAAGUUGCGGAAUCAAACGGUACGGAAAAAAUCACAAAAGCGCUGGAGGGAAAUAUUGUUAGAAGUUUUCAAGGACAAUCUAGUGGGUCAUAUCACUUCUUUAAUCUAACAUCAUUCGGACAGGACGAGCGGGUGAUCAAAGCAGAAUUCCGAUGGUUUAGACACAUGCAACCAUUUGUGGGACGUCAUCAUUUUUACAAAGUUGACCUAUAUGAAGUGCUGGACAACAGGGCAAAACCGUGGAGAGGGAAUUUUUUAUGCUCAAGGCUGGUGCCAGUCUACACCAAUGGAUGGGAAGUAUUCAACAUCACACAAAUGGUCACUAAAUGGAUUCUUGACAGCGGCACAAAUAACGGCAUUCUUAUUGUAACUGCUUUACCAUCCGGUAACUGGUUGGAGGCCAACACUCAGGUGGACGGACAGUCAGAUAAGAAAAACGCAUAUUUGGUGAUAUAUUCAGAUGAUGGACGAAAACAAUUCCAAAAUCCACCUUUCUACAAAGGUACACUUAAUAGCCACCCAUUCCACGAAUCUAUAGAAAGUUUUGUUACGUCAACAGAGCGCAGACGCAGAAGUGUGCGCUCCUUAACAUCUACGUGCCAGAGGAGAAACCUCUUCGUGGACUUCACUAAAAUUGGCUGGUCGGGAUGGAUAAUAUCUCCAAGAGGUUAUAACGCAUACAGUUGCGUUGGCUCAUGUCCUUUUCCUCUGGGCGAAGGUCUACGGGCUACAAACCACGCUACAGUAAGGUCAAUUAUGAAUGCAUUGAAACUGUCGCAGGAGGCGGGUAAACCGUGCUGUGUACCUGAUGUGCUUUACCCCAUCAGCCUUCUGUACUUUGAUGACGAGGAAAAUGUUGUACUAAAACAAUAUGACGAUAUGGUUGCGGGCAGUUGUGGGUGUCAUUAA